UUUUCCUUUUUCCAUUUCUCCCCCAACUACUAGAGACUAUAUAAAUGAAAUAUCAAAUCUUUGGUAGCGGAAGGCAAUGCAUGUCUGAUUCUUCUGCUGGACCUGCCAUUGAGCUAAAAUGGCCAAUACAUCUGGGUUUUUUGCAACAUCAGUCCCGAGCCUGAGGACGAGGAAUUGGCCAUUAACGAGCAGUUAUCGAUCUGGGUUUAGAUCAUCCGAUGGAAUAUCUAAGGUAAUAUUCUGCUCCAGUACCCUUGGCGCAGACAAGCUUUCUUCUGGAGCUUCUCCUUCUGAAUCUCGGGUGUCCAGGCUCGUCAGCAGAGGCUGCAAGUUAGUCGGGUGUGGCUCAGCUGUACCAAGUCUUCAGAUUUCUAAUGAUGAUCUUGCAAAAUUGGUUGAUACAAGCGAUGAAUGGAUAUCUGUUCGCACUGGUAUACGUAACCGACGGGUGAUUGCAGGCAAAGAUAGUGGCCUGACAGCUUUGGCAGCAGAGGCAGCAAGGGGAGCUCUUCAAAUGGCUCAGGUUGAUCCUGAUGAUGUAGACUUGGUAUUAAUGUGCACUUCAACACCAGAGGAUCUUUUUGGUAAUGCUCCACAGAUCCAAAAGGCACUUGGUUGCAAGAGAAAUCCCCUGUCUUAUGAUAUAACAGCUGCAUGUAGUGGAUUUCUACUGGGUUUAGUGUCAGCUGCUUGUCACAUAAGGGGAGGUGGGUUUUCUAAUGUUCUUGUCAUCGGUGCUGAUGCUCUUUCUCGAUACGUCGACUGGACUGAUAGAGGAACCUGUAUUCUUUUCGGAGAUGCUGCGGGUGCUGUACUAAUGCAGGCAUGUGAUAGCGAGGAUGACGGUUUAUUUGGUUUUGACUUGCAUAGUGAUGGGGAUGGCCAAAGGCAUUUAAAUGCUUCCAUCAAGGAAAAAGAAGUGGAUCAAGAAUUGGGUUCCAAUGGCUCUGUGGUUGGUUUUCCUCCGAGAAACGUCUCAUAUUCUAACAUUCAUAUGAACGGUAAGGAGGUGUUUCGAUUUGCCGUCCGCUGUGUGCCACAGUCGAUCGAGACUGCCCUUCAAAAAGCCGGUCUCAAUUCAUCAAACAUAGAUUGGUUGUUGUUACAUCAGGCAAACCAAAGGAUCAUCGACGCAGUUGCUACUCGAUUAGAGGUUCCAUCAGAGCGCGUCAUAUCAAAUCUGGCAAACUAUGGUAACACGAGUGCAGCAUCAAUCCCAUUGGCACUGGAUGAAGCCGUUCGAAGCGGGAGGGUGAAGGCGGGGCAUACGAUUGCAACUUCGGGUUUUGGGGCGGGUCUAACCUGGGGGUCUGCAAUCAUUAGAUGGGGUUGAAACCCCUGCUGCCACAAAGGAAGAAGAGAAGAGAGAGAGUAAAAUGGUUAUCAUCCCAGAUUUUGGGAUGCUGCAGUGACAAUAGAAUGACAAUCCAAUCCCCCUCUCCCCCUAUCCCCCUUGGCCUUCUACUUGUUUGCUUUGCUUUCUUCUUAUAUAGAGAUU